GGAGUAACUAGCAGUCCAAAUUUCGGAGUAAAUUAUAUUUUCCAGAUAAUCCAUCCGGGCCUUAAAUUUACGUUGUAUUUUAUAUCUCCGCCCAAAACGCAGUCGGAGGCUUUGAAAUCAGCUCGUCAAAAAUUCCAGUCAGCUCAGAGUUAUUAAAAGGGAAGCUGGAGGGAUAUUACUGAAAAGUCGCUAAGUCGGCUAACGACAGAUACCCCAGCGUUGCGUGUAGCGCCCUCCCUCUUAUGGGGUCGGCUACUACGAUGCCGCUGGGGUCACUCAAACCCCCAGAACUGAGCUUCUACUUUGGUCAAUCCUCUUUCAGCGUACACGUGAAUUUCAGAAUAUAACCUCUUUACAAUUCGAGUGAUUUGAUAACUGAUUUUUUUUCAAAAUUUUUCAAUAUAAAUUAUUUUAUUCGCGGUGAAACGGAAAUGGUAACUCCAAAAAAUACUAAAAAUCUGAAAAGACCUGUCUCUACAAUUAAAACAGGUCCAGUCAAGGGCUUGAGGAAUAUUCUGGCUAAUCCCCACGAAUUCCUAUGGCCGGUUAUGAGAGAUGAUGAAGGAAAAUUGAAAAAUAUAUUGACUGAAUCAUUACCGAAUAAAACAGCUCAGCUACGAGAAAUAUCGUGGGCUCAAUUGAGGAAAAUGUCGAAAGACGAACGUGCCAAUUUGAAAAAAGAGAAUAAAUUGAAAAAAAAGGACGCGGGCGAUAAAAUGACCGAAAAUAUGUGCUUGGGUGUUAACGCAGUUACUCGAUCGCUUGAGAAAGAUUCAUUGAUAUCUGUUUUAAUAGAUUCCAACGUAGAACCUCUCAUUAUGAUUAAACACGUGGUUGCAAUGUGUCAAAGGAAGAAUAUACCAGUUAUUCUUAUUCCAUUUUUGAAGACUACUACUUUUCAGAAACUUGGAUUCGCCGCCGCAGCUUUAGGAUUGAGGAAAUUAUCUGGUAGUCCUGAAACAUGGUUGUUUUAUAAAUUACAUCAGUAUAUAUUGAAUUUGGCUCAGCGAUUACCGAAACCUAAAAAUCCACUGCAAUUAUUCUAUACUGGGGAUGAUGAAGAACAGGAGGAGGAGGAAAUUCAGUUGACAGCUGCAAAUCAACGACCACUGAUGAGUUUUAAAUUAUCGACAAUUGCUUACCUGCAGAGAAAAUCAAUAAAGGAACGCGUUUUCACCCCCCCAGAGCCCCAGAAGCCUUUGGAAAUUGAGGAAAAAUUUUCGGGUGAAUUCAUAUCACUGGCUAAUGAUGUAAAGAUGGAGUACCAGCAUGAAAAAGUUAUAGAGAUACGUAAAAGGAGACGAUACAUAAAUAAUCACCAACAAGUAGUGAAAAUAUCAAAAAAAAAUCUCAAGCAAAUUGUGGAGAGAGUGGAAAAGCAUAACAAGAAAGGAAAAAUUGGUAAAACAAAUGAGGGACAUGCUGAAAUUCACAACGUUUAUCAUCCCCUAAAGGUCAAACGAGUCCACGGGAACCCAAAACGUCUGAAGGCUUCGAAAACUCCGAAAAUUAAAAAGAAAUCGAUUGCUGGGAAAGCGUGAAACUUGUAAUUUAUUGAA